AUGUCCACACUGCUGGAGGACAUGAUGGAUGCCUUGAUCAGGAUUUUCCAUCACUACUCUGACAAAGAAGGAGACAGAUACAAGCUCAGUAAAGGAGAACUCAAGGAGCUCCUCACCAGCGAGCUCACUGACUUCCUUUCAGGCCAAAAGGACCCUGUUCUGGUGGAUAAGAUUAUGAAAGACCUGGAUUCCAAUAAAGACAACAAAGUGGAUUUUAAUGAAUUUGUCAUUCUGGUUGCUGCUUUGACUGUAGUAUGUAAUGAUUUCUUCAAAGAAUGGCUAAAGAAAGAGGGAUUUUAA